AUGGAAAAUGAACACUCUAAUGAUAUUGUUUUCCAAGGUCAUACGGAUUCAGUAACAAGCUUAAGUUACAACGACCAACUUGAACAUGUCGUCUCAGUGAGUUGCGACCAAACACUGCGCGUGUGGUCUCUUAAAACGAGGGAACAAAUAGGUAUCACAUCAAAACAUGCUACACAACUCAACAGCGUAAACAUAGACAGUAAUGGGUUAAAUAUUAUAUCAAGUGGGAUGGAUUUUAGAACCUGUUUGUUUGAUUAUGAAACUUUAAAACUCAAGUUUGUCCUACUGAACGGAGGUGCAGUUACUGAUCAUUCAAUCACCAAGGAUGGUAAUUGUUUGGUAUGUGUUACUGAUAUCAGCUGCCAAAUGAACUUAUGGGAUUUAAGAUGGCGAAAGAAAGUUUUUUCGAUUCCAGAUAUUCACGAAAAUACACCAACAGGUUGUCUGUUUACUCCGAAUGAAAAUUGUGUAGUUACAACAUCAACAGAUGGAUCCGCAAAAUGCACAGACUUGCGAUCUCUCAAAACAUUACUGACCUUGCGGUUUGAUUUGUGGAAUUUACAAAUUAAAUUAUUCUUAGUGAUCAUAGGAAUGCUGUAUCAUCGGCAGCCAUCGCUAGAGACGGAAAGUUGCUGGUAA